UCGAAAAAAAGGGGAGGGAGAGACACCUGAAGGAGGAACACCUGAAGGAGGAACACCUGCAGGAGAAACACCUGAAGGAGAAACACCUGAGGGAGAAACACCUGAAGGAGAGACACCUGAAGGAGGAACACCUGAAGGAGGAACAACUGAAGGAGGAACAGCUGAAGGAGGAACACCUGCAGGAGAAACACCUGAAGGAGAAACACCUGAGGGAGAGACACCUGAAGGAGGAACACCUGAAGGAGGAACAACUUAAGGAGAAACACCAGAAGGAGGAACAGCUGAAGGAGAAACACCUGAGGGAGAGACACCUGAAGGAGGAACACCUGAAGGAGGAACAACUGAAGGAGAAACACCUGAAGGAGAAACACCUGAAGGAGUAAAACCUGAAGGAUAAACACCUGAAGGAGGAACAAUUGAAGGAGAAACACCUGAAGGAGUAAAACCUGAAGGAUAAACACCUGAAGGAGAAACACCUGAAGGAGUAAAACCUGAAGGAGAAACACCUGAAGGAGUAAAACCUGAAGGAUAAACACCUGAAGGAGAAACACCUGAAGGAGAAACACCUGAAGGAGAAACACCUGAAGGAGAAACACCUGAAGGAGAAACACCUGAAGGAGAAACACCUGAAGGAGAAACACCUGCAGGAAGAUCAAAGAACAUCUUAUGGAACAAAACUUAAUCUACAGCUGA